ACUGGAAGUGAACAGUGUGGAGUCGAGCUGCCUGUUGCAUGAGAUGUCUGCGUUUUACCGGCUGCUUCUCCUGUUGUCUGUGGCUGUGGCCUCUGUGGCAGCACGCAGGUCCCAACGGGCAAAGAGAGGGCUACUCGAGCUGGCGGGUGCCAUCAAAUGUAGCACAGGGAGAACUGCCCUGGCUUACAUGAUGUACGGAUGCUACUGUGGACUGGGUGGUCAGGGCUGGCCCAGAGACAGGGCGGACUGGUGUUGCCACAAGCACGAUUGCUGUUAUGGAGAUGCAGAGCAGCUGGGAUGCCAUACCAAAACAGACCAGUAUCAGUGGACAUGUGAGGACAGGACAGCUGAGUGCGAUGAUUUGGAGGACAACUGUGAAAAGCUGCUGUGCAAAUGUGACAGAGACGCUGCCAAAUGUUUGAGAAAAGCACCUUUCAUCCGAAAAUAUGCUGUGUGGCCGGAUUUUAUGUGCGGAUACAAACAACCAAUGUGUAGUAUUUAUUGACACAAUAAACACAUCUGCUCG